AUGUAUGAAACAGGCAAGUUAGCACAAGUUACAGCCGAGAUGAGGCGUUACAACUUACACAUCCUUGGAGUAAGUGAAAGCAGAUGGACAGGUUCUGGAAGAGUACAGACCCAGACCGGAGAGACAGUGCUGUAUUCUGGCAGAGAGGACAACCAACACCAUGAGGGAGUAGCCAUCAUCCUGAGGAAAGGAACAGAUAAGUGCCUAAUAGAGUGGAAGCCGAUCAACAGCAGACUGAUUUCAGCCAGAGUGAGAGGGAACAUGGCAAUGACCUUGAUCCAGUGCUACGCACCAACCAACGAUGGCGAUGAUGAGGUGAAGGACACCUUUUACGAUCAAUUGCAAGCAGAAGUAAGUGCAGCACCCCAUCAUGACCUGUUGAUUGUGAUGGGCGACAUGAAUGCCAAAGUUGGGAACGACAACACCCAUGUAGAGAGAACUAUGGGCAGACAUGGUUGUGGCUGCAUGAACGAGAACGGAGAGAGGCUAGUAGAGCUAUGCACUAUGUACAACCUGGUGAUUGGAGGAACACUAUUCCCUCACCGUAACGUCCAUAAGCUAACAUGGUGCUCACCCAAUGGUAGGGACAGGAACCAGAUCGACCACCUAAUGAUCAACGGCUCCUGGAGACGUUCCCUGCUUGACGUCAGGGCACUUGCAGACGUGACAGACAUUUGCGAAGCAGACGCAGAAAGUAUAAACCAGAGAUGGGACCUUGUGAAAACAGUGUACCAGAAAAGCAGCGAGACUAGUCUUGGACUGAGGGGAACUAAGAAGAAAGAAUGGAUAACACCAGAGACGUGGAAGGCGAUAGAGGAAAGAAGAGACCUUAAAAAGAAAGUGGCUAGCACCAGAUCUGAAAGACUGCAAGAGAAGUUCAAACUACAGUACAGAGAGAUGAACCGGAAAGUGAAGCGCUCGGCGAGAUCAGACAAGCGUGCCUACUUGAACAACCUAGCAAGUGAGGACGAAGAAGCAGCAAGAAAAGGAGAACAAGGAAAGCUGUACAAGAUCACCAAGACGAUUAGCGGCAAAUUCCACAGCACCAACAAUGCCCCAGUCAAGGACAAGGGAGGGAAGCUGCUAAACGACAGAGAGAGAACAAGAAACACGCUGGGCUGA